AUGCUUGACAUUUGGUCAUGGAUAUCCGACCUUCCCAACUCGGCCGAGUGGGCCGAGUCAGACUCACCACAUACUUUUGAACUCGCUAGCUCCGGAGCGAGUUACGACAGCAACCCAACUCAGUCGAUCCAACUCCGGGCAGAGCGCACCACAGGCUCCAACAUCGACACUCUAGUGACUUUCUCAGUAUGCUUGCACGGCUUCAACAACCAGUACCAUCCUAAAAAGACGAUCUGGGUUUCUGACACGUGUUCACUCUCCUCAGACAAACCCUACCUCCCCUUGUUGCUCCAGCUCCUCCGAGAAAUCAUAUCCCGCUCCCCCACCUCUCACGAUAGCACCUGCCCGCGCUCCCAGCUCCAGACUCUCAAACCCGACCCAUUUUCCUGGAUCAUGGACUCCCACUCCCCCGAGUCCUUCUCCACCUUCUUUGACCUCGUCUUUGUCACGCGCCUCUUCUGGCUCUGCGCGUGCGACUCUCCGACCGAAGUCGGCUCUCUGUACUUCAAAUCCUUGCUGGCUCCCAACCUCGAAGCCUUGCUGUGCAAGCAAGCACCGGCUCUCCGGACGUUUCUGAUCACCGUCGGCGUGGACGCAGAGGUCUGCUUCAUGCGUACCGUUGGGUACAUGUUAGCAAAGUGGUGCAUUUUAAGAGAGGUGGGUGUGGGUGUCGGCUUGCAGACGCUGACGUCAUCGCCGUCGCAGAACUUGGGGUUCUCUUACGCGACGGAAGCUUGCGGGUUUUGGGUGCUCAAGGCUUACGCGCCAGUGAUGGGGAUGAAAACCACACGCUCCGUCAACUUGAACCAGAAAAAUCAGUUUCCGGCUUUGGAAACUAGAGACUCGGUGCUAAAAUACGCCUUGGCGCACCAGCAGCUGGAGGCGGUUGUUCAGGUGGAAUAUUCGGUUGGGUUUUACGACGGGUUUAUUCAGGUGACUGCACAUGUCGACAACCUGCGCUUCCACGUGGUGAACCUCGGAUUCAACAAAAACGAUGACGUGGACUACGCGGAGGAGAAGUAUUUCCCGUCGAGAGUCCGGGUCUGGGUCGGGCCAGAAGUCGGGGCGAAUUACGUGAACGGGUUGAGUUUGGGCCGGUCCACUGAUAACGGAGAGAGAGAAGUCAAAACGCAGAGGAUUACGAAGGGCAGUUUCGUAAAAUCAAAGAGUCCGAAAGUGAAAACCGCGGCGAGGGUGUCGACGAGGAUGAGGAAGAGGAACUGGAGGUGGGACCAGGACGCGGAGGGAAACGCCGCCGUAUUCGAUGCGGUGCUGUGCGACAACAUGACGGGUCAUGAAGUGGCCACGUGGAACCCGGCUAUUGGGGAGCAGAGUGACGGUUUGCGAAAGCGAUACACUGGAGCAAAUAGGCCGUUUACAAAAACGGGGAGUUUGGUGUUGAGUGGGGAUGAGUAUGGGGAUGGGGUUGGGUGGAGAUUGAACAGAGAGAUGGAAGGGAGCGUGCUCAAGUGGAGAAUAGGAGGGAAAGUUUGGUUGAGCUAUUGGCCUAAUGAGGUGAACAGUUCAUAUUUUGAGACAAGGUGUGUGGAGUGGUGUGAUGAGGUUGAUUUGCCUUUGAUUAGUGGUAAAUUGAGUGUAUGA